AUGUUGACUGUCACGGAGGACAAAAUUCCCGUUCCCCUUAUUCCCGAUACAGAGUUAUGUGAUGUUCGGAUCGGGGCGACGGAUCCAGCGCUUUUUUUUUGCAUCAACUUGGACUCGCCAUGUCAGGUGAAGAUUGAGUUUCAGGAGUUUAACACUGCCGCGCGGUGUGUGCUGCUACUCAGUUCCACAGAUCCUCGGCCAAGCAUCCAUACCGCCGUCUGGAAGUGCCUUUCCCCCGAGCAAAAAAAGACAGUUACACUAUUGCCUGCUGAUCCCUCUUACCGUGUGGGACCGUUGUACCUUGCAGUACGCUAUGUAGAAAAGAGCGGAAAUACUUUUGUUCGUCUCAACUUGACACUGCAGGAACAGUAUGAGGCGGAGUGGUAUUCGCAGUCGAAUGGUGCCUUGUACUACGGCAUGUGGUCCGGCUUCUGUUAUCAUGGACGUGGUCGAUGCAUUUACGGCGUGGAGCCGGAACUGAUGGAGAAGGGGACUCUCAAGUGGACCGGAAGGAGUUUGAGGCAGCAGAGUAAUUCCUUGUCUUGGCAAUUUGACUCCACACCACCGAUAGAGGACGGGAAACUAGCCAUCAAUCGAAAGGAUUUGGGAUGGUCCAUUCUUCCCCUACCCUCUCCGAAACUGGAAUUGUACGAUGGGGAAUGGGUGCAUGGGAAAAAGGAGGGUCUUGGGGCCUAUCAGUGGGCCGACAGGGCGUAUUGGGGAAUGUGGAAGGGUGGUGGGCGAGAAGGGUUGGGUGUACUAUGUACACGUGAUGGAUAUCGUUACGAGGGUGAGUGGUUGAACGAUAAAAGAGAUGGAGUUGGGAAUGCCUUUUACCCGGAUGGGACGCAGUAUAUGGGUGGGUGGAAGAAAGAUAAGCGAUCGGGUGAGGGUUUAUUUAAUUACACAAAUGGAAUUGUUAUUAGAGGUACCUGGGAAGAGGACGUAUUGUGCCCAACGGUAACUGCAACCUACGCCGAUGGAUCUUCUUAUGUUGGCGAAUGGGCCCACGACUGUCGUCAUGGUAAGGGACGUCAUAUUGAUGCAAUUGGAAACGUUUUUGACGGAAUGUGGGAUAUGGAUAAGCGUACAGGAAACGGAACCUUGCAGUUUAUCAAUAAUGUGAUAUGCGUCGCUCUUUGGGAGGAGGAUGUAAGAAAAGAUGGUACGUUUAAUUUUCCUAAUGGAGAAGCAUAUGUUGGGGAUUGGAAUGAUGAAAAAUACAUUCGUGAGGGACAAGGAAAAUGUACCUACCCCAAUGGCGAUGUUUAUGAAGGGAGCUGGAAAAAUGAUAAAAGGCAUGGUUUUGGUAAGUUUGUUUAUUCUGGUGAGAAAUGUGUUUACGAAGGUGAAUGGAAAGAGGGGAAGCGACAUGGUAUUGGGACGCAAGAGAGUGAGGAAGGAACGUACCAAGGGGAAUUUCAAGACGAUAUGCGUUAUGGACAUGGGCUACACCUGGGUCGUACCGGCUCCAUGCACAGAGGCAUUUGGAAAGAUAACGGUUGCAUUGGUCCUGGUGUCAGGUUUGAUUCCAAGAAGGGAAUCAUGUAUGAUGGUCUUUUUCUUCUUGGAAAGUUACAGAGUGUUGGCACAUCGCGAACAGAGAGUGAUAUUUAUGAAGGAACAUGGUGCGAUGGUGAGCGGCAUGGCGUAGGUGUGGUGUCGCUCCCUAACGGUGAUGUUGUGCGCCACUUGUGGCACCGCGGGGUCCCUCAGGACGGACAUGUUAUCUACAUGUACCGUGAUGGUGAUAAAUAUGAGGGAGAGUGGAAGGAUGGGCGUCGUUGUGGGAAGGGGACACAGUGGUACGCGGACGGAUCUGUUUACAUGGGCGAAUGGCUUGAUGACAAGCGGCAUGGCAGUGGAUCAUACACGGACGUCCGUGGUGAGACUUUGGUGGGAGAGUGGUGUGGAGGGGAGCGCAUGGACGUGAAGGGGAGUCUGCGCCUUUUGGAUGGCACCGUCUAUGAGGGCGAAAUGCGUUUGGGCAAGCCACAUGGUAACGGACGUCUGAAGUAUCCCGAUGGUACCGUAUUUGAAGGCCGAUUUAGUAACGGCGUUUAUCUCCUGUAA